AGGGGCAGGAUGCUGGUGAUCAGAGAGAUUUAAAAGUUAAAAGAACAGAGUGGCGCCCACCCAGUCCUCUUUGAAGAAAGGGCUUGGGACGCUGCAACGUGGGAAGAGCAAGGAUUUGGAGAUCUGCGGCCUUGGCUGAGGGAGCUCAUGACCUCGGACCUCCAUGCUCCUGGCUUGCGCCCUGCUCUGCCUGCCCUGGACUCAGGAGGUGGGCGCCUUCCCAGCCGUGCCCCUGUCCAGCCUGUUUGCCAACGCUGUGCUCCGGGCCCAGCACCUGCACCAGCUGGCGGCUGACACCUACAAAGAGUUUGAGCGCGCCUACAUCCCGGCGGGACAGAGAUACUCCGUCCAGAACACCCAGGCUGCCUUCUGCUUCUCGGAGACCAUCCCGGCCCCCACGGGCAAGGACGAGGCCCAGCAGAGAUCGGACGUGGAGCUGCUCCGCUUCUCGCUGCUGCUCAUCCAGUCGUGGCUCGGGCCCGUGCAGUUCCUCAGCAGGGUCUUCACCAACAGCCUGGUGUUCGGCACCUCGGACCGCGUCUAUGAGAAGCUGAAGGACCUGGAGGAGGGCAUCCAGGCCCUGAUGCGGGAGCUGGAAGAUGGCAGCCCCCGCGCUGGGCAGAUCCUCAAGCAGACCUACGACAAAUUUGACACAAACAUGCGCAGUGAUGACGCGCUGCUCAAGAACUACGGGCUGCUCUCCUGCUUCAAGAAGGACCUGCACAAGGCUGAGACGUACCUGCGGGUCAUGAAGUGUCGCCGCUUCGUGGAGAGCAGCUGUGCCUUCUAGUUGCCGGGCAUCUCUGUUACCCCUCCCCAGUGCCUCCCAGGACCCUGGAAGGUGCCACCCCAGUGCCCACCGUCCUUUCCUAAUAAAACGAGGUUGCA